UUUUUUUUUUUUUUUUUUUUUUUGUUUUCUUCUCAGUUUCGUCGCGAUUUUGUUACGGAUUUGAGGAAUGGAGAGCGACAUCGAAGAAUCAAUCAAGAAGAAAGUGAGAAGGAAUCCACACGCUGGCGAAUCUUCUCGCAAGAGUGGUCAGCAAGAUGAAGAUAUUAGAUUGGAGACUACACGAGCAAGAUUUUCAAAUGUCCUCAAAAGGCACAGUGAAUUGACAGAGCGUCUCUCCAGGGACUCUGACAAGAUGAUAUUUGAGCGCUUACAAAAAGAAUUUGAAGCUGCUAGAGCAUCUCAGAAUCAAGAAACAUAUUUGGAUGGUGAACAAUGGAAUGAUGGACUUUUAGCAACAAUAAGAGAGCGGGUUCAUAUGGAGGCAGAGAGAAAAGCCAUGCCUGAGGAUGCCGAUAUGUUGCCACUGGAAAAAAUCACCUAUAAAGUUGGAAAUAAGGUUAUUUGCUGCUUGGAAGGAGCGAGGAUUGGCAUACAAUAUGAGACAUCUUUCGCAGGUGAGCCCUGUGAACUUUACCAUUGCGUGCUUGAAAGCAAGUCAUUUCUUGAAAAGAUGACUGUCCUAGAACACACCAUUCCAUUCUUUCUGCCAGUACGAGAAUCUGAGAACGAUCUUCUCUCCUCUAAUGCAAUGAAAUUUAUUGAUUAUAUUGGAGAACUUUUGCAGGCCUAUGUGGAUAGAAGGGAACAGGUUCGGCUUAUCAAGGAGUUGUAUGGAAACCAGAUCAGAGAGUUGUAUCAUAGCCUUCCAUUCCAUAUGAUUGAAUUUGUGCUCGAUGAUUCUGACUGCACGGUGACUGUGAGUCUGAGAUAUGCUGAUCUUAUCUCUGUGCUGCCGACUAAAAUAAGUGUGCUUGCAUGGCCAAUGCCUCAGAUGAAGAAAAACACCGCAAAUUCAUCAUCAUCAACCCUGAGCAUCAAAAAGGAAAAUGGAGGAGGAACUGUAAGUCAUCCUAUUCCAGCUCGUCUAUCAUACGCAGAGGAUGCUUUACGAACCAUGAGCUUACCAGAAGCAUAUGCGGAGAUUGUGUUGAAUUUGCCCCAAGCUAUACAACAGAUGUUUCCGCCAAAACCUCAAUCAUCAUAAUAGUAUUUCAGCAACUCCUGGAGAUUUGCGGAUCUGUACAAAGUUACAUCAGAGGUACGAUCGUAGAUUAGUGGCGUUAUCGUGUGACUGAUUAGGAUUUUAUUGGUAGAAACCCAACCCAGCUCUUAGAGUGAGUAUUAUACAUGAAUUUGGUAAGGACAUGAAAAAAUCAAAAAUUGAAGUAGUAGGCUCAUAACUAAAUGAUCUUUUUUUGUCGAUGGCAUCCAGAUGUAUAGAGCAAAGAAUACAUUAAGGUUUGCAUUAUUGUAUGUGGUAGUUUUAUUGUAUUAUGUCCAACUUUACUCAUCUUAA